AUGUAUUAUUUGACCACAUUGUGUUUGUUUAUAAUUGGUUCAUAUUUAACAAGUGCAUUUCCUCAAGGAUGGCAUCCCGAUUAUCAACCACAAGAUCAAUUGAACGACAUGAACCUCGACAUAGUGAAAACCACGCCUGUGUCUCAUAAUUAUUUUAAUGAAUUAAAUUCACUUAACAAUGCAAUAUUAUCGGAUGAGGAUAUUGUUGACUCAUUAUUAAAUGAAAAUUUGAAUCUUGUACGUGUCAUUGAAAAAAUUUGUACAUUCUAUGAUUGUCAAUCAACAAAAUAUCGUCGUGAUUAUAUGAAUAAUGAUGGUUCUAUGCGUACAAUCUAUCAAGUAAAUCAUAAUUCAAGAAAACGUUUAUCAAGUUUAUUUCAUGGUAUACCCAAAUUUGGUAAAAGAACAUUUUCAGCAGCAUUUACUGGAAUACCAAAGUUUGGAUAA